UCAGGCUUUUCAAUUCAUUAUUAUUUUUAGUUUUAUAUUUCAGGGCCUCUUCUUGUCUCUGCCAGCCCAUUUCAGCCUUAGUUGAAUACAUGAAAUGGCUAAACUCGUCGCCGCCGCCGCCAUCGCCGUCGCCGUAUCUUUUCUUGCCUGUUCCGCCGCCGCGAAGCCGGAGACGUUCCGGCAAGAAUACGGGCCUUUCAACGAGACGCACUACGACAUUUUCGAGGUAGAACGGCCGGCGACUAUCAGCAACGACGCCCUCCAAAUCACCCCCGAUUCAAUCAACGGCGAUUUAAUCAAUCUCUACAACAACUCCGGCCGCGUUCUCCUCAAGCAACGGUUCAAGCUCUGGGAGGGUGCCGCCAUUGGAUCCGGCAACGCCACGGCGGCGGGCGGCGGAGCUCGCCUCAUAGCGUCCUUCAACACCUCAUUUCUCGUCAACAUCUACAGGCCGAAAAACGAAACCGCCGGCGAGGGCCUGGCGUUCGUCAUCGCGCCGGACCUCGAACUCCCGGCGAACAGCUCCGGCCAGUUCCUCGGCCUGACGAACUCCUCCACCGACGGCGACCCCUCCAACCGCCUGGUGGCCGUCGAGCUCGACACCUUCAAGCAGAGCCCCUUCGAUCCGGAUGACAACCACAUCGGAAUCGACAUCAACGGCGUCAGAUCCGUCAAAACCGCGCCGCUCGCGCCCCACCGGAUAACCCUAGCGCCGAUCGGCGCCCGGUUCUACAACGUCUGGGUCGACUACGACGGCGCCGGCAAGGCUCUGGACGUGUACAUCGCGGAGCAGGCGACUAAGGAGGGCCCGACGCCGCCGAAACCGGAAUCCCCAAUUCUCUCGGAGGAGCUAAACCUAAUCGGUACGGUGAGCCAGUACUCCUAUUUCGGAUUCUCCGCCGCGACCGGAGACACGAUGCAGCUGAACUGCAUUCUCCGGUGGAAUCUGACCGUUCACCAUUUCGGGGAGGAGAAGUCGAAAUGGCUGACGGUGUUGCUCAGCGCCGGAAUUCCUUUACUGGUGGUGGUGGUGAUGGCGGCGGCGGCGGUGGCGUACUACGUGCACCGGCGGCGCGUGGCGCAGUCGAACCCGAGCAUGAUCCAGGCUCUGAAGAGCCUGCCGGGGACGCCGCGGGAGUUCGAAUUUAGGGAUUUGAAGAAAGGGACGAACAGCUUCGACGAGGAGCACAAAUUAGGGCAAGGCGGAUACGGCGUCGUAUACCGGGGAAGGUUGGUGAAGGAGAAUAUGGAGAUCGCCGUGAAGUGCUUCUCCCGGGAGAGCAUCAAGGGACAGGACGACUUCUUGGCCGAGCUCACCAUUAUCAACCGCCUCCGUCACAAGCAUCUCGUUAAACUCCUCGGAUGGUGCCACAAGAACGGGAAGCUGCUGCUGGUGUACGAGUACAUGCCAAACGGGAGCCUCGACAAGCACCUAUUCGUGGGGGCGGAGACGCCGCCGCUCCGGUGGAGCAUCCGCCACCAGAUCAUCAGCGGCGUGGCGGCCGCCCUCCACUACCUCCACAACGAGUUCGAGCAGCGCGUCGUCCACCGCGACCUCAAAGCCAGCAACAUCAUGCUCGACUCCAACUUCAACGCCCGCCUCGGCGACUUCGGCCUCGCCCGCGCCCUCGACAACGAGAAGACCUCCUACGCCGAGGCCGACGGCGUCCUCGGCACCCUCGGCUACAUCGCCCCCGAGUGCUUCCACACCGGCAAAGCCACCCAGCAAUCCGACAUCUACGCCUUCGGGGCCGUCCUCCUCGAGCUCGUCUGCGGCCAGCGCCCCGGCGCGCGCAUCGCCGGCUUCCAAUUUCUCGUCGACUGGGUUUGGUACCUCCGCCGCGACGGCCGCCUGCUCGAGGCCGUCGACAAGAGGUUGGGCGACGGCGACUAUGUCCCCGAGGAAGCCGAGCGGUUGCUCCUGCUGGGGCUGGCGUGCUCCCACCCGGCAGCCAGCGAGAGGCCGCGGACUCAGGCGAUUCUUCAGAUGAUAUCGGGGACUGUAGCAGUUCCGGUGGUGCCGCCCUUCAAGCCGGCCUUCGUCUGGCCGGCGAUUGGGGGGCCCGUCGACUUGGAGACGACAGGGAAUAGCAAUACGACGACGUCGCAUUUUGGGUCGGUGUGGAGCCCGCUCUACCUCACCGGGAACACUACCGAUGACUCCAUGUCCAUGGUGUAGGAGUAAUUCUCUCUCUCUUCUCUUCUCUUCUCUUCUCUUCUUUCUCUCACUAUAUAUAUAUAUAUAUAUAUGCCAAAGGAUGAUACGUUGUGUUUUUUGAAUUGACUUCUUUGGUGAAAGAUGAAGAAUGAGUAUAGUGAAGUGUGUGUGUCUGUCUGUACGGUGGUUUAUUUUGUUUGUUCGUUAUUUGUUUGUUGGUUGGAGAGGAUAUCAAAAGAUUUCCGGUCUCCUGUGGAUGUUCUGUGAAUACAACGGUAUAGAUGAUAUUUGGGCGAUGGAUUUCUUUCAGAGUUUAUUUUCAUUUCAUUUCUUGUGGGAAAUAGAAAUUUAUAU